AUGGGAGUAGCAAUACGCGACGCGCUGACAAAGGUGAUCGAGCAAAAACCUGAAGAUGUGAUCACUCCAGAGGAGAAGCACACCGCUCUUGAAGAGCACGAUAUUAUAAGUGUACGGAAUAUUCAACACUGUUUGAGUUCUGAAUCAGCACCAGAGUCUCCACAAAGUGCUCAUUCGAUAUCCAUCGAGUCAUUUGUCAUUGGUGAACUGUUGAGUACUGAGCGAACUUACGUAUCCGAACUGGAGUCACUUGUUGAAUACUAUGUGGAGCCAUUUCACUCACUCGAUCUACAGCAAGAUCUCUCCGUGCUGAUUCGAGGCCGAAGCGAUUUGGUAUUUGGUAAUCUUCGCGAACUUCUGGUUUUCCAUUCUCGCUUUCUGUUACCGGAACUGCUAGCGAAUGAAAAUUCGUCUGCCGGGAUUUGUCGUGUGUUCACCCAGCAUGCGGACAGGCAAGUGCUUGAAUUUUUACGUAUUUCUUGUUUUAGAUUUCUGCAAUUGUAUCGCACAUAUUGUCAGAACAAAGCCGCAAGUGAUGCAUUACGAAUUCAACUCUGUGAGGUGUCAACUUUCUUUGAGGAUUGCCAACGACGAGCCUGUCAUCCGCUGCCCUUGGGUGCAUACUUGCUAAAACCGGUACAAAGGAUCACUAAAUACCAAUUAUUACUUCGUGAACUGGAGAGACAUUGUCGACCUGAGGUGCGAUCAGAAGUUACGGAGGCACUUUCGACUAUGUUAGAACUUCUUGCUCAGAUAAAUGCUACCAUUCACCACCUUCACAUUUCUGGAUUUAACAUGUCGUCGCUGGGUUUCUCUGAGAACUCGCGAUUUGGUGGCUCACGAUUCGACUUGUGGGAUGAAGCGAAAUCGGAUGCGUAUGUGAUUGAGUUGUGCGACGUCGAGUAUCGGUCCUUAUGGAUCGUCCGACUCUCCCGUAUGGUCCAUCGUGAAGGCCAGCAAGAACAACUCGUCCGACAACGUCCAAAGAGCUGGACCAGUACGAUCUCAAAUGAAUCGACAUGUUCCGCUAGCACCAAAAGCAGCGACAGCGAAGUGUUAGUGUCAGAAUAA